AUGUCUAGCGAUCGCGAGCUUCCGUCGAACGCCAAGGCGUAUUCCAGCGAUGUGUACCGCCAGAUAGAUCCAGUAGGGUUCUAUGGCGAGUACAUACGCCGGCAGGUCCGCCCGGACGGCCGGAAGCUCCGGGCGUUCCGCACGGUGGGUGUGUCCGACCUUCUUGAGGGCGCGACCGGCUCUGGGAGGUCUUUGGGCGACAAUGGCACUAUAAUUGCGUCAGUUAGGCUGACAGCAGGCGAAACUCACGUUCAUUGCACCGUUAAAGCGGUACCAGGGUACAGCGACGUGACCAUCCCGCUGUCGCCAGGGAGCGACAACUCAGUAUCCGUGAGCGUUGAGUUGCCGAAGCAGGUGCAGUCGUACAUAUACGAUGCCAAUGGCAACAGCGCGAACUUCCACUUCUGCGUUGCCACGCUCCUGGAAACAGUCCUAAAUUGUGACGAGGUGAUUCCGACCACGCAGCUGCGCUUCGCCGAGUUGCUGCGUGAGGAACCAGGAACCGCCUCUCCUAACGCUGUAUGCGAGUACCUGGUGCGGAGAAGAUUUGGCUGGAAACUCGAGAUUGAUAUUCUGUGCGAGGAAUACGAUGGCAACCUUCUGGACACCUCUGUGUUGGCGGCGUCCUUCGCGCUGCGGAAGGCGACGCUGCCUAUUGUGUUGCUGGACCUCAACGAUCCGGUGAAUCCAUACAGGCUGCUUGCGCUAGAUCAGGGGAUAUUGGAACAAGCUAGCAGUGGAGAUGCUAAGGUGUGUUUGAUUUCUAUUGUGUUAUCAUGGUCUGCGCAGGCUCUGAAGCUGCUUAGGAGCAACCGCCGUGCCAUUGAGAAGCAGUUGUCCGUGGAGUUGUCGGAUGACAACAUGGUAGGGCAACUUUUGGCUCUGGGAGGGAGCUCCAUGCACCUUUCCAGGCCGCUGCAACUGCUGGCCUUGCCCUUCACGGUCACCUUCCUUCGGUUCUCCGACGAGACCUACUUCGUAGACCCCACCAGCGAGGAGGAGCGUCUGGGGGCAUCGGUCAGCGUGUACUGUUUACGUGGAGCCGACGGCUCGUCACGAUUCCAGCCGCUGAACCUGAUGUGCUGCCCCGGCGUCACGACAGACGUGUACAAAUGCCUGCAGCAAGCGGCCACUGAUCUUAUAGAUUGUAUCGCAAACACUGAGUUUUAA